AUGAAUCCUCGGGGAAGAUAUCCUCCCGGAAUGGGGAACGGUCGAGGAUAUGCUAGUGCAAACCCUAAUUUUUAUCCUAGAAACCCUCAUCAGCCGCAGCAGCAACCGCAGUACGUGCAGCGCGGUACUCCCCAGAACCAGCAGGGACAACAGUAUGAACAGCAAAGACAGCAUUAUCAACAGCCACUGCAACAGCAGCAACUACAGCAACAGCAGCAGCAACAACAACAACAACAACAAUGGCUAAGGAGGAACCAGAUGGGAACUGAUUCUGGUGUAAACAACGCCGGGAAGUUAGUGCAAGCGGAUGCUAGCGUAGACUCCAGGUAUGGCCUGCUUAUUACUUUUACUGAGGUGACUUAGAUGAAAAAGGAAAUAGUUGAUUGCAGGUUUUUCGUUGGAGCAUUAUCUCCGGUAUUAGCGAUCUUUUGGGGGGGGCAAAAUAAUUUAGAGACCAUUCAGUCUUCUUAAGAGUAUUAUCCCUGUGGUUUGAAAGAAGCGGCGCUAGUCUUAGGAGAUGAAAGUGGGGACUUGAUUUAGAGUUCCUGGAAAAUUAGCCACUCUUCGCUAUUUAUUAAAAAACUUUCUUCAUAGUGCUGAUUUAGUAAAGAGCUUCACAAGGGACUCCGGCUUGCAUUUAUUUUUCUAUCUGGUGCAUGCAUCAUCCACAUCCCAUGUUCCCUGCUUCCCUCGUCACUGAUUGUUCAGUGUUAUCCUGUGCGGUUUGUCUUUUUGAAUACGAGAUGCCAGUUUCCUUGGUAAAGCUAACCAUUACUUCCCGUGGCCUUUUCACGUACGGGUAAGGUUGAUGUUUUUCAUCCUCACGUCAUUAUUUUAGUAUUCAGCUGCCCUGCACAAUGAAGUUCAAUAGAAGUGGGCUGUUUUUAGACAUGCCCAUUAGUUUUCUCCUUUAUAACCUAGUACAGCAGGCAAAAUAUUGUUGGAGGACCAAUUAUAGGACAUUGCCCUUACAAUCCAGUUUGAGGAUGUUCUACCUAACUGUAGCUGCGGGAACGGAGUAUACAUGAAGGAUUAAGGGUAUGGUGUCUCUAUUAGGAUAAAUAAUAAGAUUAUGUUAUUCGUUGCAACAUAUAGCGCAGCAAUUAGUUGGAUAUGCAUGUGAUCUCUACAAGCUUAGCGAGUUAAUGGUAAUAGCCGUUUCUACGGUUGUAAACGAUAAGUGGGGAGAUCUACUUUAACCAAAAUGAAAAUUAUGAUUAUUUUAUCUUUCUAAACUUACUUUUCUAAGAUGACUAGCCUGGAUGACAUUUUUUUGCCAUCUUUCAAAAAAAAUUACGAUUUCUUGGGAAGAAGAAAAGUGCUGGAUUUUUAUGCCAUUUCAUGCUUAAAUGUGCAUCUUGUUUUGGGAAGCUGUCUCGUGGGAGUUGAACAUUUUUUGUCAAACAGCGGAAAAUUCAAUACCCUCCCUUGCCCAUUAGUCUAGUUGACUUUUAGUAUAACAAAUGGGAGGUCUGUAUCAUGCUUACAGUUCCAACCUGUUCGUACACCCUGUAGGUGGUCUCUGGAUCCUAAUUCCAUGUUGGAUGAAUUAGUUGGACGAUGAGGAUGCUAUCACUUAUGCUAGUGACUGAUAUAUGCAUAUCUAUGUCAAUGAAUACGUAUACAUAUGCUGGUCAUGGUUAAUACCGGAUAAACAUUCAGUAUUAAAGAGAUUAUUUGCAAGUGUGAGCCAAAAAUGCUUACAAAAAACCCAUAUUAGACAGGCAGCAAAAAAACCGCCACCCAAUGACGAUUUGCCGACUUCAGGGAUCUCAUUCAUUCACUUGUAUUUAUCUUCUAGAGUUUUGUCCCCGAUUUUACCAGCAUGAUGAUGACUAUGUGGUCACUGAACAUUUUUACUGCCAAUUGUAACUAAUACUGUGUCUUCAGUUAACAUACUUUUCUUUUUCGUGGAUCAGUUCUCAAGAUUGGAAGGCCAAAUUAAAUAUACCACCACCAGACUCACGGUACAGGACAGAGGUGUGGAGAAAAUACCAAUUUAAUUUACCGAACUGAAAAAAGUAUUUUUGUGUGGCCACAUUAAUUGUAUGGCCACCUGAUUCAAGUUUUUUUUCUUAAUUAGCACUCUCCAUUCCUUCUUGGAAACUUGCACGAAGGUUCUGUAUUUAAUUAAGCAAAUACUCCUUGUGAUAAAAUGUAUGUUUGUUGCACUGCUAUUGCAUGCAUUUUGGCCUUGGCGUAGUACUUCUCUGGUAGUAGUGCACGUGAAUUUUCUGAUAUAGUUUACCGCAUAAGCGUAUUUUCUGAUGUAGGUAACAUAAAAAAUAUAUUCAAAUGAUUUUUUAGUUGAUGAUUGAAUUCAUUUUUAUUAUUUUAUUUCGUUUUAUACGUAAUCCCAAUAAUUUCUACCUCUCAUUUCGAAUCUCACAUCCAAGCAUCCCCAUUUUCCCAAACCUUGGUCAGUGUUGAUGUUUCUGUUGUUAUUUUAAAUGAUUGAUGGCCAUUAUUCUGUUAGAACUGUUGGACAUAGAAUACCUGGUUGGUCCACAUUCUCUUCCAUCCGUUUUUACCCUUUCGGCUGUAUCUGACAUUCUCAACAUUAAGUACAGACGAAGAACUCAUUUGUAGAUAGUGGAAAGAAUAAAUCUACGUGGUUCCCUUGUUUGUUAAAAAGCGUUGCUCUUUGGGAUUGCUAAUGUUUUUACUGGUGAAUCAUAGAGGCUAUGAAUUCCUUAGUGUGUAGAAAAAUAUGUACAAGCGUAGUGUUUCCUUCAUAUAGCCCUUGUAUUCCUACACAGGCAGUUUCUUGGUCUGGGUCAAGUCAUGAGUGUUUUACCAUAAAUGUCCUACGUUAGAAAACAGUUCAGUGCAAUGAACAUAUAAAAAUCUUGAUGUGGCAUUCAGUUAAUCAUUCCAUAGAAAAGCCAAUCAUUUUGGUUCAAAGAUGACCGACUCACCUUUGAUAAGAAGUGAAUACAGUUUAAGAACGUAUGAGAAAUGUACAUUUCUAAAUCGAGAUAAAAAAAUGUUUACAACAUAGUGUUUCCUUAUGAUAGCUCCUGUAGAUUCCUACUCAAGACUGGUUUUUAAUCAUUUUUAAGCAUUUUCUUAUCUAUGGAGCACAUUAGCUACGAUCAGGCGUAGAUCUUAUUAAUCGUUUGAUCCGAAUAUCAGUUUAACAUUGCCAUUGAAGAGCCAACGGUUUGGUCUUACAGCUCUUGGCCACUUUUGAUGAGAUUGCAUUAUUUUGAUAAAUCCCAAGACUAGUAAGAACAGAUAAGGCCAAGCUUAUGGGUUUGUUUGUAUUGCUGAUAGAUAGUUUCCCUAUCUGCCAGAUUUUAGCUUAUCCUGUAAGAUGCAUAUUUCUGCGAAGUACUUGAUCUGAGUUUUAUAUUUGGGCUUUGUCAUUAUUGCAUUUUGGCGGCCAUUUUAAAAUAUGUAAUGUUUGUUUUCUUGUCAGUGUUUUUUGUUGAACCCGAUCUACUUUUAUAAAUGCCUGCUGUCCAGUGUCCUGCUUUUUCCAUGUUGAAUAUACAGUAUGCUUCUAUGCCUUCUGUCUUGGAAUAUCUAUGUCAAACUGAAUCUAACAGAACGAUUUAGAGAUUCUUGAAAAUUAUAUAAUGAAAACUUGUUAUCUUAGUUUUUUAAGUUCCAAUCAGUCCACUAUCACACAUGCGUUUCGUCCAAUGUUUGUCUUGGGAUGCAGACGAGUAAUAUUUUUCAAUUUCUCUUAGGAUGUGACUGCUACGAAGGGGAAUGAAUUUGAGGACUAUUUUUUGAAGAGGGAGUUGCUGAUGGGUAUAUAUGAGAAAGGAUUUGAAAAGCCUUCUCCAAUUCAGGAAGAAAGUAUUCCGGUUGCUUUAACUGGGUGUGACAUUCUCGCUAGAGCUAAAAAUGGGACUGGAAAGACGGCUGCCUUUUGCAUUCCUGCUUUGGAAAAGAUUGAUCCCGAUAAUAAUGUCAUUCAAGGUUCGUUUUGCUCUCUCUUCAAGCUAUUGAGCUUUUAGUUGUGUUUUUGGCACAACUAAAGAUAACCAAUGCCGGCAACUAUAAUGAUGGCCAUAGUUACUAAGUCAUUACUCUGACAUAUGAAUCACCGGCAUACGUAGUAGCAUUUCGAUUACUGAUGGAGUAUUCAGUCAGUGGUUUGGGUGAGGUGAAUGAUUGGCUUGAAGCUCGUACCUCAGAAUCUUCUUUUCUUGUCUGAAUGACUGGUUUUCUUCAUAUCUCUCAUUUUAUGUUAAAUUUUAUUUUGGGUAUGUGUAAAUUAUGUGGUUAUUCCUCUGAAUGCAGUCGUCAUAUUGGUUCCCACGCGAGAACUAGCACUUCAAACAUCACAGGUUUGUAAGGAACUUGGGAAGCAUUUGAAGAUUCAGGUCAUGGCAACCACUGGAGGUACCAGUCUGAAAGAUGACAUAAUGCGCUUGUACCAGCCAGUGCAUUUAUUAGUCGGAACACCUGGGCGAAUACUAGAUCUCGCUAAAAAAGGUGUUUGCAUCUUGAAGGAUUGUUCAAUGCUGAUUAUGGAUGAGGUAAUGGGAAAAAUAAGUCACGUCCAUUAUGCACAAUGCCAAAUCCUUCAAGACUAAUUCACUUACAAAAGUAAUUCGCAACGCAUUCUGAAGGAUUAUGCAUGCGAAUAUUUGAUUUUUUUCUCUCUAAAACCUCUGAUAAGUAUCUAUUUGAGUAAGUUUUAGUUUGUGCAUGCCUGGAAAUGGGUAUUCUUAUAUCUUUCAUCUUUAAAAAAAAAAAUCUUCAACAAAAUCAUGCUAUGACAAAUGUGAUGGUUAAAACGAGGAGAGAUUCCCUUUUGUAUAAGAACACACCGAAAGUUGGUUUUCAACUUCAAUAUCUAUAUCCCUGUAAGUAUUUGAAGAUUUCAAUAUACAGCAUUUCAAAAUCAAAUCACUUGUUAUGAUUUCUGGGUGGGCACGCACAUUUUUGUUUCUGUUAUACUUUUCAUUUGUAGCAUUGUAUUUGAGAUUUCAUUUCUGAUUCUGACAUCCUAAACUUUUCCGCAUUACAAAAAAAAUCGAAACACUUGCACAUUAUGAUUUAGGAAUUCUGCCAAAUGGGGAAAUUAUCAUAUCCUUUAUUCAUUCAUAAUUUCUAGAAUCAGGUCUCCUAAUUUUUUUGUUAACAUUCAUUCCUGAUGUAUUAUGUUUUUUUUUUAUUCUUUCAGGCCGACAAGCUUUUGUCUCCAGAGUUUCAACCUUCUAUUGAGCACCUCAUUAGUUUCCUUCCGGGAAAUCGGCAGAUAUUACUAUUCUCAGCAACAUUUCCUGUAACCGUGAAAGAUUUCAAAGAUAAAUAUCUGCCAAAACCCUAUAUAAUUAAUCUUAUGGAUGAACUUACACUCAAGGGUAUAACACAGUACUAUGCAUUUGUCGAAGAGAGGCAGAAAGUCCACUGCUUGAAUACCCUUUUCUCUAAGGUCUCUUGGCGAACAUGAAUGCCUCUUCCUCUUUCAUAUUAUUAUUAUUAUUAUUAUUAUUAUUAUUAUUAUUAUUAUUAUUAUUAUUAUUAUUAUUAUUAUUAUUAUUAUUAUUAUUAUUAUUAUUAUUAUCAUUAUCAUUAUCAUUAUCAUUAUUAUCAUUAUUAUUUUCAUAUCUCAUCUUUAUUUUGUAUCGUCUGUUUUUCUGCAGCUUCAAAUCAACCAGUCUAUAAUAUUCUGCAACUCUGUAAACCGGGUAGAAUUGCUGGCAAGGAAGAUCACUGAACUCGGUUAUUCGUGCUUCUAUAUUCAUGCAAAGAUGCUGCAAGACCAUCGUAACCGAGUUUUCCAUGAUUUUCGUAAUGGCGCAUGCAGGAAUCUUGUUUGCACAGGUAACUUCUUUUCUUUCAAGCAAUCAUUCAGUCUUCUGCAUGCUAGUCGUUUCUUGCCAUAUUUCAUGACGUGGACCUCAGAUCGUUGACUUUGUCUCGGGGCCCAACCUUUAGAAAACAUGCUUCAACUUGUGCCAUGAUUUUUCUUCAUUCAGUUAAAUCUAAUUGAUAUCUUGGCUAUUGAAUUUCCUCGUAACGUUGGAGAGAUCCCACGCAUCGUUUCUUGCAUUCACUGGGUUGACUUUUUCGAAUAAAAAUGGGCAAGCAGAAUUGACUCAGAUACCUCUGCAUUCUGCAUGGUGCUUCUUUUUAGAUUUGUUCACCAGGGGAAUUGACAUCCAAGCAGUCAACGUUGUCAUCAACUUUGACUUUCCCAAGAACUCUGAGACAUACUUGCAUCGGGUACGCGCAUCGGAUUCUACUAUGUAUUAGAAAAAUAAAUUCAAAAUAAAUGCAGCAAUAGGAGGGCUUGGCUGUAUUUAUAAAUAAUUGCGUAAUAUUUACAGGUCGGCCGUUCGGGGAGAUUUGGCCACCUCGGUCUGGCGGUUAAUCUGAUCACCUACGAGGAUCGCUUCAACCUGUACGUGCUGCCCCCACCGCGCGAUUCCUCCUCGCUGACUUUUUUUGUUCGGUCUUCUAAAAGUCGUGAUAUGGGUUUCCCUUGGACAGGCAUAGGAUCGAGCAAGAGCUGGGAACUGAGAUAAAGCCAAUCCCACCGCAGAUUGACAGGGCUAUCUACUGCCAGUGA